ACGGAAGAUUUAGAUGAAGAUUUGGACGAUUUGUCGUUGAUCCGACAAGCUGGAGAGAUACAGCGCAAGUUGGAGAGUAUCGUUUCUACCAACGAAGACCUUUCCAAGAACGCACACUUGUUUACGAAUAGCUACGCAUUCGCCCACCAAAACCCCACAUCAGCACCCCAAUACACCUCUCUCUCUCCACACGACCUCGACGUGCUCCUCUCCGAAAUGGAACCCGACAUCCGGAGUGCGUCCACCACCCUCCAAACCAUAUCUCAACUAGACCAACGAGGUGUAACCGGUGCCGGUAAACUCGAAAAUUACGAACCCCUCUUGGGGAGGAUGAGCGAGUUGAUCAAAAAGAGCCGAGAAGAUGUGGGUAGGUUGGAAGGGUUGGAAGCGCGGGUGUGGAAGUUGUUAGAGGGGUAUAGUGGUCGUGUUGAUUUGAUGAGUCGGUUGUUUGUGCAGUGGAGUGAUUUGGUGGGGGAGGUCGAUGGACGAGUGACCAAGUUGGAAAAGCAAAAAGAGGAGAGGGCCAAUAUGGGACUGGA